CAAUGUGAAGUGUUAAAAUUGCAUAAUCAAUCACAAUGCUUUACUAGCCAAAAAUGCAUUUAAGCUUAACAUUAAUGUUAAAUUAGUUUUGAAUGAUUCUAUCAUAGAAACCUCAAAAAAAUGUGAUUUUGUACGAGAAACAAAGAAGCUGCACACAUACACACACAACACAAUGAUUCUGAAUCUUAAUUUGAAUCCUCUGUCAUACAAUUGCAUGUCAUUCUUCACCCGACAACUUUCAGCCACUGUGGUCCACACACAAUCCCCUUUAGACCAUAUCAAAAACUUGGUUUCAAAGGGUCUUUAUCACCAAACACUUCAAUUUUUCACACAACUACACUUCCAUGAUCACCAUUUCAAUUUAAUCCCUUGUGUUCUUCCAUCAGUUAUCAAAGCAUGUUCAUAUACUCACUUUCAUGCAUUUGGUACACAGCUUCAUUGCUUAGCUCUUAUUAGAGGCUGCUACUCCGACCCAAUUGUCUCGAAUUCGAUUAUUUCUAUGUAUGCUAAGUUUUCGGAUAUCCAAUCGGCACGCCAAGUGUUUGACACAAUGCCUCAUAGAGACCACAUCACCUGGAACUCCAUGAUCAAUGCUUAUUUGCAAAAUGGGUUGCUUGCGGAAGCUUUGCAAACGUUUAAAGAUUUGUACUUUAUUGGUUUGCUUCCCAAGCCGGAAUUGUUAGCGAGUUUGGUAUCCAUGUGUGGGAGGAAAGCGGAUUCGGGUUCGAGGAUAGGAAGACAGAUUCAUGGUUUUGUUGUUGUUGAUGGGAGGAUACGAAUUCAACAUUCGGUUUUUCUGUCAACUGCUUUUGUGGAUUUCUAUUUUAGGUGUGGUGAAUCUUUGAUGGCUCUGAGUGUGUUUGAUGGGAUGGAGACGAAAAAUGAGGUUUCGUGGACUGCAUUGAUAUCUGGUUGCACUGCUAAUCAAGAUUAUGAUGUAGCUUUAGCAUGCUUUAGAGAAAUGCAGGUUGGGGGAGUUAACCCGAAUAGAGUAACACUGAUUGCACUUUUAGCAGCUUGUGCAAGGCCAGGCUUUGUUGAAUAUGGAAAGGAGAUUCAUGGCUAUGCAUUUCGUCAUGGGUUUGAUUCAUGUCAUAAUUUUUCAUCAGCUCUCAUAAACAUGUAUUGUGAAUGUGGAGAAUCACUGCACUUUGCUGAACGAAUUUUUGAAGGGUGUAGUUUAAGGGAUGUGGUGCUAUGGAGUUCAAUCAUAGGGAGCUAUUCUCGAAGAGGAGAAAGCGAUAAAGCUUUGAAGCUUUUUAAUAAGAUGAGAACCGAGGAAAAUGAACCAAACUCGGUAACUUUAUUGUCAGUGAUAUCUGCCUGUACAAACUUAUCUUCAUUGAAGCAUGGCUGUGGAGUCCAUUGCUAUAUCUUGAAAUUUGGACUUGGUUUUAGCAUCUUUGUAUGCAAUGCACUUAUAAACAUGUAUGCCAAAUGUGGCUGUCUAGACGAUUCUCACAAGAUAUUCCUAGAAAUGCCGAAUAGAGAUUAUGUUACAUGGAGUAGUUUGAUUAGUGCCUAUGGCCUUCAUGGCUGUGGAGAACAAGCUUUACAACUUUUUUAUGAAAUGAAAGAGAGAGGAGUGAAGUCUGAUGCAGUCACAUUUCUUGCUGUUUUAUCUGCUUGUAAUCAUGCCGGCCUUGUCACCGAGGGACAACAAGUAUUUGAGCAAGUAAAUGCAGAUUGUGAAAUUCCAAUCACUGUAGAGCAUUAUGCAUGCCUAAUUGAUCUUCUUGGAAGAUCAGGGAAGCUUGAAGAUGCUUUGGAAAUGUUGAGAACAAUGCCUAUCAAACCGAGUGCAAGAAUAUGGAGCUCUCUCGUAUCGGCUUGUAAGCUUCAUGGAAGAUUAGACAUUGCAGAACUACUAUCAUCUCAGCUUAUAAAAUCAGAACCAAAUAAUGCUGCUAAUUACACAUUGUUGAAUAUGAUUUAUGCUGAGAAGGGUCAUUGGCUUGAUAUAGAACAAGUGAGGAAAAACAUGAAACUACAAAGAUUAAAAAAAUGCUAUGGAUUCAGUCGCAUUGAGGCUGGAAAUUAGAUCAAGUUUCUAGCAAAACAAAGAAGAAUGUUUGAACUUUGAAGACUAGGUAGACAGGAUCAAAAUGCUUUGACAGAAUGCUUUCUUGGGGCUUUUUUUGCCUCUCAACCAAAGAGCACGUAGUUUGUAAAAUAAUAUAUUAACGGGACAAAGCAAGUUGGUUGUUGAAAAUCAAAUAGGUGGACAAUGAUCAAUGGAAUUUGGGCUAAUUCACAUGGAAUUUGUAUCUUCGAAAGCAAGCUGUUAUAGUCAAAUAAAGCAAGAAGGGAAGUGUAUUCCUAGCUCAACUAGGAAAAUGUUGGUAUUGUUACGUCGGACGUCUUCAUUUUGCAGCUGUGUGUGUAAAUUUCAGUAUUACUUGUUACGAUACUUCGUCUAAGAAAAAAAAAAGGAAGCCUUACGUGUAAAAAAAAAAGUAGGAAAAUAGUAAUAGUAAUAGUUAAAAUUCAACUAACAGCCUGCAUAAUUACCUUAUGUUUA